UAGGACACGCCUCCAUUCUCUUCACUUCCUGUAAACAAAGCAGGGGCAGCAACCCUGAGCCAGUUUGUUCUUGCGUUUUCCGUCAUUUUCCGGCUCCUCUGUCGUGUUUUUAAAAAUGGCUCAGGGUGGAGUGGUUCUGGACAAGGACCAGUUUAACUGUUCCAUAUGCCUGGACGUGCUGAAAAACCCAGUGACCAUCCCCUGCGGACACAGCUACUGCUCGGACUGCAUCCAGAACUACUGGGACCAAGAUGACUUUCUCGGGGUCUUUGUCUGCCCACAGUGCCGACAGAGCUUUAGCCCGAGGCCGGUGCUUGCCAGGAACACCAUGCUCACCGAUGUGGUGGAGAAAUUCAAGACUACGACGCUCCAGGCUGCCUCGGUACCGAGGGAUAGCCGAUGUCUGGCCAAAGCCGACGACGUGGAGUGUGACGUCUGCACCGGGAGGAAAAACAAGGCUGUCAAGUCCUGCUUGGUGUGCCUGGCCUCCUACUGCGACGUUCACCUCCAGCCUCACUACGAGUCCGCCGCCUUCAAGAAGCACAAGCUGGUUUCGGCCUCCAAGCGGCUCCAGGAGACGAUCUGCCCCCUGCAUGACAAGCUGCUGGAAGUGUACUGUCGCACCGACAGGCGCUGCAUUUGCUACCUGUGUCUGACAGACGAGCACAGAGGACACGACACGGUGCUGGCCGAGGCAGAAACGCAACACAUGAAGAUACAGCUCAGUGACAUGAGGCAGAGCUCACAGCUCAAGAUUCAGCAAAGAGAGAAAGAGGCACAAGAUCUGAGACAAGCUGUUUUUUCUCUUGCUCGUUCGGCGCGGGCUGCUGCUGAAGAGAGCGACGCCAUCUUUACGGAGCUCAUUCACCAGAUAGAGCUGAAGCGCUUUGAAGUGAGAGAGCUCAUCAAAGAACAGGAAAAGACGGUCAUCGGUGAAGCCGAGCAGUUGCUGGACAAGAUCCAGAAGGAAAUUGCUGAACUGAAGAAGAACGAGGCCGAACUUGACCUCCUGUCCCACACCGAUGACCCCGUCCAGUUCCUCCAGAGUUGUCAGUCCCUUCAAGCCUCUCCUGCGCUGUCAGCUUCUCCUUUGCUCAACACGAACCCGGGCCCCUCCUUCAGCCCGGUGAUGACAGCUGUGUCCGACUUCAAGGGACUGCUGCAAGAAGUGUGCCAGGGAGGAUUUGUCAGCAUCUAUGAGAAAGUGAAAGAUGUUACAAUCAUGAUGAUUCAGAAUCCUGAGUCCUCAGGGUCUCAGGGUGACUCUCCCCUCACUGGUGAGGCUGGGGCAGCUGCACAGAUGGAGUCACCAAUAAUUCUGCCUCCUCUUGGUCUGGACCAACCAGCUGUCAAUCCUCUGAACCCGUUCUUUACUCCGGGACCGUUUGCCUUCUCGCCGUUCGGUUCCAAACUCGUGACUGGGUCCAGACAAAGACCCCUGCAGAGACGGCCUCACUCAAGAAGAAGAUAAAUCCGUCUGCAGAUCAGACUGAAUGUCAUACAUGCACCCACAUAACCUGAAUAUUGUUUCAUAAGAGUCAAAAAUGAGACAUUUUUGAGUAUUUUAUCUGUGGACACUUGUUUUAUUGACUUUAAUCAGUUAUAUUUCAGUAUUUAUUUACAGUCGAUGCAUUUAACUUGGUGUGAAGCAGCUGAAAGCAUGAGCAACCUACUUCAGUGUAUUUCAGUAUUGCUAAAAGGGUCAGCCUGCUGUGGUGAUGUGGUUUUAUGCUUUUCUAAGUAUUUUUUAAGCAGUGCUAUGUGAACAAUUAUUUUCUUUUGUAAACUCAUUUGUGACACAUUAAAACAUCAUCCGCUUAU